AUGCAAAUCAAGUUACUCACCGCCAUUGUCGCUCUCGCCCUCGCUGCUAUGGCGGCUACGACUGCCGAACCCCACGUCAGCCUCCUCACCGAGGAAGAGAUGAUUCACUGGCUCCAGACCACCGACGCCGAGCUCACCUUCGUUGGCGAGCCCAUCCCUGGUGUCAACGCACCCGAGGAUCACGCUCUCGACCGCCGCGCCGCCCUCAACACCGUCGUAACCUACUGCAACAGGCGCGUCAACGACGUGUGCGGUGGCGCAUGCACGGUGUAUAAUGGGCAGGCUAAGUGCUUGUCCGCGCCGGGCACGAAUUGCCUGGCCGCGACCAACAACGUCGGGUUUUGCGCCAAUAGAAGGUGA